AUGAGUGAAUUUCACUCCGCCUUUGGUGUUGAUCGUGAAAAAAUUGCGAACGAUAGUGACUACGUGCAUAAGACCAUGUACUACGACUACCCACCGGACAACUUGAUGCCGUUUGGGAAAAAGUUCAAAUUCUUUUCGAGGUUCAAGCACAAGCGCAAAACCUCUGUACCGGAUGAGGAUCAUGCCCCGCUCACAGUUGAUGACGGAGAUAUCCAGAAAUAUAGAAGACAAAACCGGCUUUCAGCUUCCUACACAUCCUUGGAUUCUCCGAACCACCGUGUGUCCAGUUCCAGUACUUUGGAAGAAGUGGAUAAGGUGGAGGAUGGCCGAGCCAAUGGAGCCGGUGCUGGGAAUAGGUCGCCCGUCGAGGAUGAUGAAUCGCAAAAUGGUGUAUACGAUUUUGACUCCGAGGACAAUCCACAAUUCGCAACACUUGUUCCGACAUUCCCACCAAUAGGCGUAUCACCUAUCACAUGUGACAUAACAAGUGGCAAAUUCCGUGGCAUUGACACUGCUCUGUCCCAUCUGGUCGACGAUCUGAAGUUCGACAAAGAACAACGAAUAGCAAAGGCCGACCAGAUUAUCAAGGCAAUUCACGCCCUGGAACAAGUUAGACUGCCGAAAUUCUUGGGAUUCAGUAUGCUUACGGAACCCGGGGAACCAAGUGAUUUGUACGAAUUGAAAGAAACUCUCGGAUCUGGCGCAUCAGGAAUAGUAUGUCGUGCACUGGAGAGAAAAACCAGCCAGGAAGUGGCAAUCAAAAUUCUGCAAUUAGCCAGACAAACACAACCGGAGAUGGUCGUGACCGAAAUCGAAGUGCUCAGAGCGUUGAAACACGAGAAUAUUGUAAACUACCUCGGCAGCUUUCUACGGCGUCCACUGGACCAGCUAUGGGUUGUCAUGGAAUACCUAGACGGUGGAUGUCUUGCAGAUUUUGUGACAGAGUUCAAGAUGGAGAGCCGCAUGAUCGCCGCGGUGACAAAAGAGUGCACAAAAGGAUUGGCGUAUUUGCACGAUAGAAACAUUAUACACAGAGACGUUAAAUCAGAUAACAUCAUGCUUGGUAGAAGAGGAAAUGUGAAAAUCACAGAUUUUGGAUUUUGUGCACAAUUGGCCAAUCCGUUUGGAAGAAGGAAUUCAGUUGUCGGUACGCCUUACUGGAUGGCUCCAGAAGUGGCAAAUCAAGAUACCUACGGGACAAAAAUUGAUGUAUGGUCCCUUGGUAUCAUGGUUAUUGAGAUGGUCGAUGGUGACCCACCUUAUUCGGGAAUGCAACCACUACAGGCCAUGCUGAUUAUCCAGACCAGUGCCAGACCAACCCCAAAGGCCAAACGUUUAGACCCUUACCUUCACGAUUUUCUGGAUGUCUGUCUGGAAGUCGACCCACGCAAACGUGCAACAUCACGGCAGUUGCUUCGCCAUCGAUUUCUUAAACGCGCUUGUCCACUGAAUGAUUUGAUACCAUUUAUUGAGCUAACUUGUCAGUACACAGAAAGAUGAGUUUUUC